AUGGUUAAAUUCUUUCAACACACUUUUAGAUAUGAAUAUCCAUGGGAUAAUGUAACCUUGGCAUUUUGGAUGCGGUAUCCAAAUCCAUUUGCUUCUCAUGUUGAAAGCGUGGAUGUGAUUGAUAGAUAUGUUGAUCCAAAGAAAGGCAUAUUAAGAACCACAAGAUUGAUUUUGAAGCGUGGAGUUGUACCAAAAUGGGGAAGAGGGGUUACUUAUAUUCUCGAAGAAUCCAUGAUUAAUCCAAAAACUCAAACAAUGAUCACAUUAACAAAAAACAUAACACACGCUAGAGUUAUGCAAGUGGAAGAACGGCAAACUUUUCGAGUUGAUCCAAAUAAUCCUGAACACACUCAAGUCACAACUGAAGCUAGAGUUAUUAGUAAUUUUGGUUGGGGAUUGACCGAGCGAGUUGAAGGUUUUGGAAUUAAGAAAUUUUCAGAUAAUACUACAAAGGUAGAUUAA